AUGUACAUGUAUGCAGUUGGACGCGCUGCAACCCAAUCCUGUGGCAAGGCUGUGCGGCAAACCUUGCAUUUGCAAACCCGGCAAUUCAGCCUCAGCGCGGCGAGGAGAACUGAUGACGGCAAUGGCACGGCGCUGAACCCGAGAUGGUUUACCGACUUGCGAGGCCGUAUCAAGGCGUGCCUAGCAGCCAAUCCGCAGGGAGAGGAGGGCGCGAGAUUGAACAAGCAUCUGGAGUAUGUGGAUGAUAACUGGUUGGAGCUCUCAGCCGGCAGAGAGGGCUUCCUGACCGACGAGAGAUGGAGGGGAUUGAACAAGUUUGCUGUGGCCUGGGGUGACAUGGUAGGCCACGUCAACAACAUCAUGUACAACCGGUACGCUGAAUCCGGGCGCGUAAAUUGGGUCACGUCGUUUGCGGCACACGCACCCCCCGAGCAGCGCCAGCAAUGGGUCGACAUCAUGAGCCCCCGUGGCAUCGGCCUGAUUCUCAAGAGCAUCAAGACCGAUUACAAACUUCCCGUCGAGUAUCCGGACAAAAUCACCGUCAUCCACAAACUCGCCCAGCGACCAACCUACUCCUCCGACAGCAUCUUCCUCGACGCCGUGAUUUACUCGGAAGCGCAUAGGCGCGUGGCGGCGCGGUGCUUCGAAGACAUUGCCGUGUAUGACUAUAGAGCAGGCAAGCGAGCCACGUUGAAGGGCUUCAUGGUCGACGAGCUGCAGAAGAUAUACGACUUGCAGGAGCGGGGCAGAAAACAAGUCGAUGGCAAAGUGGACGAGUUGGAGCGCGACAUCAAGGUGAUGGAAGACAAGGCGUGA